AGAUUAGGAAAGAAUUGCAUUAUAUGGAAGACUAAAAAGUAAAAAGAAGAAGAGAGUCCUACUUAGUGUGUAGGACACAUACCUCUCUUUCCAUGCCCUUUAUAAGAGAAACAAGGCCGUACUAGGAUCCUGAAACACAUCCUUGUUGGCGAGACGAGAGAAGGAAGAAGAAGAAGAAGAAGAAGAAGACAGAGAGAGGCACCAUCUUAAUUUGAAAAUUAUUUCGGCAUCAGAGGAUAUGAAGCCUAUCGUGUGUGACAAGGGACAUGGAAUGGUCCAGGCGGGAUUUGCAGGAGACGAAGCACCAAAUGUUGUGUUUCCAUGCGUCGUGGGUCGUCCAAAAGAUGGAAUGAACCCGAACGAUUCUUAUGUGGGAAACGAAGCUCAAGCCAAGAGAGAUAUUCUUACAUACCCAAUGGAGCAUGGUAUCGUUAAAAAUUGGGAUGACAUGGAGAAGAUUUGGUACCAUACUUUCUACAACGAGCUACGUGUGGAUCCUAAAGAACACCCUGUGCUUCUCACUGAAGCUCCUUUUAACCCUAAAGCCAAUCGUGAGAAAAUGACUCAGAUCAUGUUUGAGAGCUUUGAUGUUCCUGCCAUGUACGUGUCCAUUCAAUCUGUUCUUUAUCUCUAUUCCAGUGGUCGUACCACAGGUGUUGUGUUGGAUUUAGGAGACAGAGUGAGCCACACAGUUCCAGUAUACGAAGGUUACGCACUCCCACACGGUAUACUGCGUCUGGACCUAGGAGGCCGUGACCUAACUGACUACCUCAUAGAAAUCAUGGCCGAACGUGGCUACACAUACACCUCAUCCGCCGAGCGUGAGAUAGUCCGAGACAUCAAAGAGAAGCUUUGUUACAUAGCUCUCGACUACGAGCAAGAAAUGGAGAAGGCAACAAAGGGCUGGGCAAUCGAUAAAACCUACGAGCUUCCCGAUGGUCAAGUGAUCACGCUAGAAGCCGAGAGAUUGAUCAUGUGCCCUGAGGUUCUUUUCCAGCCGUCUUUGCUAGGAAAGGAAUCUUGUGGUAUUCACGAGGCUACUCGCAAUUCGAUCUUGAAGUGUCCAGUUGAUACGAGGAGGGAUCUGUUUGGUAACAUUUUGAUGACUGGUGGCUCAACGAUGUUCCAUGGGAUUAAAGAAAGGAUGACCAAAGAGAUCACUGCACUUGUACCGUCAAGUAUGAAAGUUAAAAUUGAUGUUCCUCUGGAGAGUAAGUGUAGUGUUUGGAAUGGAGGCUCCGUUUUGGCUUCUCUAAGCACCUUUCAUCAGAUGUGGAUAACUAAGGAUGAAUAUGAAGAACAUGGAGCGGCGAUUGUUCACAGUAAAUGCUUCUAAGUUUGUUAGCAUAUAUUUCGAGAUUCGUCCUGGUGAUGAGUGCUCUUUGUGCUUUCUUCUUGAUUUAGGGUCUUGUUUUGGUUAAAUAAAUUGUUAUUUUGGGGAUUUUAUAAAUCUGAUUAUUUUGUUUUCAUAACUUAAUUAUGUUGGUGUUGGAAUCAUGUUGUUGUUUGUAUUGCUGAUAAAAGAAGAACAUAUAUUUUUGUAU